AUGGGUCCCGUAGGAAUCGUCCUCCACGGAGGCGCCUCGGAGUCGUGGGUAGGCGACGCCGCGAGCUUCGAAGCCACCAACGCCUUCCUCGACACCUUGGUCAGCAAGGCCGAAGCGUCUCUCCGGCAGGGCGCCACCGCCGUCGACGUGGCGGCUGAAGUGGUGGCCGAACUGGAGGACUUCCCCGAGUUCAACGCGGGUAAAGGGUCCGCCGUGAACAUCGACGGCGGCUUCGAGCUCGAGGCGGGCAUCGUCAACGGCGCAGACUCUGCGUACCGCGCGGCGGUCUGCCUGCGGACGACCAAGAACCCGGUCAGGCUGGCGCGGGCGAUGCUCGACCGGCGAGGCCCGACGGCGCCCGUGUUGAUGGCGGGCGUCGGCGGCGACCAGCUCGCGCGUCGGCUGGGGCUGGAAACGGUGGACAACGGCUACUUUGGCACGGAGCGACGGCUGAGCUACUGGCGCCAGAAGCGGCCCGACGUGUCUGAGCACGGCACCGUCGGCGCCGUGGUGCUGGAUGCGCGCGGCAACGUCGCCGCGGCCAAUUCCACCGGCGGCAUGACCAUGAAGCCCGUCGGGAGGGUGGGCGACACGGCCAUCCUGGGCUCCGGGCUGUACGCGGACGAGCGGGUAGCCGUGGCAUGCAGCGGCGGAGGCGAGGCCAUCAUGACGAGCAUGCUGGCCGGCCGCAUCGCCAACUUGUACCGGGGCGGCGCUGGCAUCGGCCGGGCCGUCGAGCAGGCCGUCUGGGAGGCGACGCGGCUCUGUCCGUCCAUCUCGUGCGGCGUCAUUGCCAUCACGUCGGACGGCGAGCGGACGGCCCAGUGCAACAGCAGGAUCUUCAACACGGCCUCGGCGGGCGAUGCGGCGCCACGCGAGCGACACGUCGGGCUGCUUCGCUGCACCAUGCCCGUCAUCGGCCCCCUGUGCUGCUACGACGACGACUUGCUGCGCAUCGGCGUGUCCAAGCACCCGACGCGGCCGGGCCAGCUGACGUUCCAGCUCAAGGGCGCCAGUCUCGCAUACACGGACAGGGAGCAGGUGUUUGCCCUGUUUGGCACCCUGCGACGCGCCGCAAAGGCUCUGGUCGAGCUUGUCGGGUCGCCCGUGUCGGAUGUGGCCAUGAUGACUUGGCCGGGCGGCGACGGCGGCCACUUGUUCCCGGUGCACAUCCGACGCGAUUCCGAAGGGGAAGACGGGAGCGAGGACAGCAAGGACAGCACAUGUACGGAGAGGCACACGGCCAUUUUCCACGAGACGUCCAUGGUGAUUCGGCGGGCGGGCGUGGGAGAUGGUGAGCAGAGCAAUGGCCGGCGCGGGCUGCUCCUGGUGGGCGAGGCCGAGGCGCAGGGGGCGGUUGGGGCGCUGUGGGGGGCCCUGCAGGGCGGCCUGCGGGAGGCCUUGCAGCUGGAGGGCCCCCGGAGCUGGUCCCUGCUGGUGGACCCGGCGGCGGCUGGGCGCGGCGGGGGUCUGGUGGCCUCGUCGUUCCCCGACCACCACUGGCCCAGCCCUGCUCCUUUUACAACUGGUACAUGUACGCACGAUGCAGAAUUUACGGCCGCCCUGGGACCUAGGAGCUGGGAUCUCGAUAGCCUGCGCUGUGUGGCCGACGGGUUGCGGGACAAGCUGGGCGGGCCGUCUGGCGUCCAGUCUGGCUACAUGUAG